AUGGCUGGCCCAUCAGACAUUGUCGACCCUUCCACCCUCAGCAUAGCUGGUUACAGCCAGACCUACCCAACGACACCACCUAUGUCAGAUGAUGGCCGAGAGGCCAGCCAACCAGCCUCUGAACAGCCGGCGAAGAAGAAGAGGAAAGCCUGGGGUCAACCUGUUCCAGAGAUCAAACAGAUCCUUCCUCCUCGAAAACGAGCCAAGACAGCAGAGGAGAAGGAACAGAGAAAGAAUGAAAGAAUUCUAAGAAACCGUAGGGCAGCAGACAAGUCUCGACAACGCCAAAAAGCUGCUGUUGCUGAGCUCGAGGUUCGGCAGAUCCGGAUAGAAAGAGAAAACGCCGCGCUCCGAGAACUGCUUGACCGUUAUCAGUCGAGGUUCGGUGUUCAAGCAGACUUCCCCGUACCUCUUCCCACCGAACCUCCCCUAGUAGAUCUCGACUCAGAACCAUCUCCUUCAGAUCUCCCGUCCAACUCCACACCAACGCCCUUCACUCCCUCUUCGUUCAACGACGGAACUGAAGUUGAGGCAGUCCAGCCUGUCCUUGUUCAGUCUGAACAACCGACACCGGUGAAGAAUGAAUCACCGGUUCUUGCACCUCAACUCAACCUCAUCCACGAACAUCCCGAAGCAGAGCAGACAAACUCACAGUCGAUGCCGUCGCUCGCUGGCUUCCCCAAUGUCUCCGUGUCAGCCGGAGACUUGGGCUAUCAGCCUGCCAGCGUUCCCUUCGACCACCAAGACCAAUCUUGGGAUCAGCUACCUGCUCCAGGUCUUCCAGACUUUGACGAUAUUUCACUCCUUCUCGACGACAACGCUCUUACCAAUGUGUCAGCUCUUCCAGAUUUUGGCGCAGCGAUUGUCAAUGACCUCGACGGAGCAGGAUUUCUCCUCCAUCCUGACCAACUUCCCACUAAUUCAUUCUUUGAUUUCGAUGCCUUCGACACCGACCAGACCGGCGGUCUUCCGUACGAAGCUUCUGAGCCGACUACUAGCUUGCAGCCCACACAUGGCGCGUCUCUUACUGACUGCGACAGACCGGGCUUUGCAGCAAGUGGUUAG